UUUCGGCGCCGCGCUGAGCCCAGAGCCCGAGAUGGUUUUAGUAUAGAGGAUCUCUGGCUGACUAGACAUGGAAACAACAGGCAGCGAUUGUAACGUUAAACCAGGCGAUCAGCAGGCAGAUGGAGGAAUGGAAGCGGACAGGACGAUGUCAAGGUCUGACAGUGGGAGUGGAGAUGAUUCCCUUGAUAGCCUCCUAAACUGUGUCCCCCGGUGCCCUUUGACCCCGUCUUUAUCACCACGAAAACGGACCACGAGCCAGUCCAAGACAGAGCCUCCGCUGCUGAGGACAAACAAACGCACCAUCUACACCGCCGGCAGACCACCUUGGUACAACGUCACGGGGACCACCUUCAAAGAGGCGUUUGUUAUUGGUCUGUGUGGAGGAAGUGCCUCUGGUAAAACCACAGUAGCCAAUAAGAUCAUUGAGGCGCUGGAUGUUCCCUGGGUGGUUCUGCUCUCCAUGGACUCCUUCUACAAGGUGUUGAAUAAAGAAGAGCAGGAGCUCGCAGCCAAAAAUGAGUAUAACUUUGAUCACCCUGAUGCCUUUGACUUUGAGCUGCUGGUCACCGUCCUGAGGAAGCUGAAGAAAGGAAAAAGCAUCAAAGUCCCGGUGUACGACUUCACAUCUCACUGCAGGCGCAAAGAAUGGAAAACGGUUUACGGGGCCAACGUUGUAAUCUUUGAGGGCAUCCUCGCUUUUGCCAACAAAGAGCUGCUGAAGCUGCUGGACAUGAAGGUGUUUGUGGACACAGAUUCUGACAUCCGCCUCAUACGGAGGCUGAAGAGGGACAUUUCACAGCGGGGACGGGACAUCAGCGGCAUCAUCAAACAAUACAAUAAGUUUGUAAAGCCGGCGUUCGAACAGUACAUUGAACCCACGGUACAGUCCGCUGACAUCGUGGUGCCCAGAGGUGGAGAAAACUUUGUAGCACUGGAUUUGAUUGUCCAGCACGUUCACAGUCAGCUGGAGAAGCGUGAGAUCACUGUGAGAUCGGCUCUGGCCUCGGCUCACCAGGGUCAGCCUUUACCCAAAACCCUCAGCGUGAUGGAGAGCACGCCGCAGGUCCGCGGCAUGCACACCAUCAUCAGGAACAAGGAGACUAACAGAGACGAGUUUAUCUUCUACUCCAAGAGAUUAAUGAGGCUUCUGAUAGAGCAUGCUCUCUCCUUUCUGCCUCUCAAGCCAGUAUCUGUGGAGACUCCUCAGGGCGGCAUCUAUAACGGCAAGAGGCUGAGCGGUCAAAGGAUCACAGGCGUUUCUAUCCUGAGAGCAGGAGAGACGAUGGAGCAGGCGCUGAUGGCUGUGUGUAAAGACAUCCGACUGGGAAAGAUCCUCAUCCAGACCAACCAUGACACCGGCGAACCAGAGCUUCACUACCUUCGUCUGCCCAAAGACCUCAGUGAAGACUACGUCAUCCUGAUGGACAGCACCGUGUCCACCGGAGCCGCUGCUCUCAUGGCUGUCAGAGUGCUGCUAGACCACGAUGUAGCAGAGGAUAAGAUCUUCCUGUUGUCCCUGCUAAUGGCAGAGAUGGGCGUUCAUUCGGUGGCAUAUGCCUUCCCUAAAGUCCGCAUCAUCACCACCGCCGUGGACAAGGAAGUCAACGACCAGUUCCACAUCAUACCAGGCAUCGGUAAUUUUGGAGAUCGUUACUUUGGCACCGAUGCUCCGUCAGACUGGUGUGAAAGCGAUGAAGGGAUGGACUUCUAAAGCGAGAAACUAUCAGGGAUGUGGAGGGUUGUUACAGAAGCACUUACAGCCAUUAAAACAUGUCUGAUGGACAUCCUCCAGAGCACGAAGGUGAUGCUGUGAUAAACUGCUUCCUAUUCAGAGGAGCAGAACGGAGUUCACUGUUCGGUCAGCAAGAGCUAAGUGGAGAUUAUCAUCUGUGCCAGGCAGGUAUUGAGUCCAUUCCCCCAUUCAAGUUUACAGAAAGUUUUAAAGGGGUCAAAGUGAAGGCUGUUCGUUGGCUUUGACCCCUUUUCACCUAGUAAUUAUUCCACUGCAAUCUCAAAAAGGGUGUGCUGCAAAUUGCUGCCAACAUAUGUUGCAUACUGAGGAAAAAUGCUUGAUUAUGAUGUAAAUAAUUAGUUUUUUUUGUUGCUGAAGCUGCAGGUUAAGGCUUCGGAGUUGAUGUUUGAAUUCACGUACUGUCAAGUUUAAUGGAAAGAGCCUUAAACACGGAGUUUGUUUCAGGAUUUUGCACAGGGAGUCUCUUUGCCUUCAAAUAUUGUAAAUAAAUCAUUGUUAAAGGUUUACUGGGAAGAUUGAACUAGAGCUAUGCUCAGUUUUAACCCCCCCCUUUAACAGCAGUUAUAAAAAAGAUGCACUUCAUAGUGUUCGAUCAAUCAGUCGAUUCCCUGCUACACGUCUAAUCAGUAAUAAUCCAAUCAUUUGUUUUGCACAUAGACCUGACACAAACAGACCAUAAUGCCUCAUCUUUUAAGACAAGUCGAUCACAAGUAUUGGGUGUUUUUAAGAGGGAAAUUUUCCAGAGCUAGGGAGGUAAUAUAUUAUGUCUACUUGGUAGUGUACUGUGGUUUUAGCGUGAAGCUUUAUGUAAGUUACUAGUGUUCUGAUGAAAAUCUCCAGCUGUCUGUACUGUAAAAUGGUAUCUCAGGCAACUUUCACUGAAUGGAUUCAUACUUAAACAAGACUGACGAUUAAGGAAGAACGGUUAAAUAUGGUUGAUUAUAUGUGUUUUAUCUGUUAAAGGUGCCCUGCCCGUUUUUUACUUGCAUUUUUUUGAAAUAUGUGUUUGUGUUAUGUUGUGAAUAUGAAAAUGAACUGCUACCUAAAAGAAAUGAGCAGAGAAAUCAUGCCAAUUACAAAAGCUGGUCAGUGGUGUUGCCUGAGCUCAUUAUUAUUCAUGAGCUCGCCCAGUUGCACUG